AUGAAGCUCUCCGCUACCGCCCUCGUGGCGGCCGUGACGCUGGCCACCUCGGUCACCGCCAACAUCGGUCGCGGCAUCGCCGACCCCAAAGCCAUCGAGGACCUCUACCGUCGUCAUCGCGACAGUGGCGAGUACCAGAAGCUGAUUCACAAGCGUGGGUCGCCCGUUCAACCUGCCCUUCGACCGCGCGCCACCACCGAGCCCGAUCAAGCGGCCAUCACGGACGCCACCCAAGAGUGCACCGCCUACAACCUUCCCGAGAUUUCGGCGAUCGCCAAGAACUUCCCUGCGCCCUGGGACAACGCCACGAUCCUGCCCGGCGAUACGCAGGCGCAGGCGGUGUGGGCUUCCAUCAAGGCGUCCGGCAUCAUCCCCGCCGGCAUCACGCCCAAGGGCACGGCCAAUGGGGAUUUCUCCGCCUUCACCCCUACCUACCCCCACAGCGACCCGGAUUGCUGGUGGACCUUCGGCGGCUGCGAUACGCCCAAGCACCCGAACCUCGCCAACGAUCUCGUCAGCUGCCCCGAACCGGAUACGUGGGGACUCACGUUCGAUGAUGGACCCAACUGCACCCACAACGCGUUCUACGACUUCCUCCAGAAGAACAACCAGAAGGCGACCAUGUUCUACAUCGGCUCCAACGUGCUCGAUUGGCCUUUGGAGGCGCAACGCGGUAUUGUCGAUGGUCACCACAUUUGCGUGCACACGUGGUCGCAUCAGUACAUGACGUCGUUCCCGGACGAGCAGGUGUUUGCCGAGCUGUACUACACGGCCAAGGUGAUCAAGGAUGUUGUUGGUGUGACGCCCACUUGCUGGCGACCUCCCUUCGGUGAUAUUGACGACCGCGUUCGUGCCAUUGCCAAGGGUCUUGGGCUCGAGAGUGUGCUCUGGACGGACGACACGGAUGAUUGGAAGAUCCUCCCCCUCGGAACUCUUCCCACGGCCUCGAUCGAUGCCAACUACGCCUCGAUCAUCGCGCAGGAAACCGCCGGUCCCCGUGCUCACCAAGGCAACAUCGUCCUCACGCACGAAAUCAACGGUCACACCAUGGAAGAGUUCAUGGCCCAGUACCCUAAGAUCCAAGCGGCCUUCAAACACAUUGUCCCCCUCACGGCGUGUAUGAACCAGACCAACCCCUACCCGGAAAGCAUUACGUAUCCCAACUUUGCCCAGUACGUAGCGGGCAAUAUCAACGCAACGGGCUUGCCUCAGGGCGCAACGAUCAAGGCCAAGGAUGCAAAGUACAACCCGACGGCGGCGGUGAAUCAGACCAUGACGGGGACUCAAACUGGUGGUGUGGCGAGUGCCACUGGUGCAGUGUUGGGUAGUAAGAGCUCCUCCACCACCGGUGCCGCCGCCGCUGCCGCCAGUGGGAACCACAAGAGCUCAGCCGGAAAGAUGGGUGGGGAGGUAAUGGUUAUCGCCACCAGCGUCGCUGCCGCCCUCGCCCUCGGCGCUACCGCUCUGCUCGUUUGA